ACCGCCAUUAAAUAACUAUAGAAGAAGAAACAGCCCGUUCUUCUGGUGCUAGAAAGCUGCUGUUGUAGAAAACAGUGAACCCGAGACAUUAGUAGCGUUGAGAAAGUGUUCAUUUGUUACUGUCGUCUGUAGCUUCAUUAUCUGGGCUUCAGCACACAUAUCCACACACACUCUGAGGGAAAUGACGGAGCCACGCAACCCAGGGAUGUCCUCCAUCCCUCAGACAGCCCCUGUACACACUGACUCCACCUCCCCGGCCGUAGAGAUGGACCCAGUAGAGUACACCCUUCGGAAACGGCUCCCCCGAAAACUCCCCAAAAGACGGAAUGAUGUCUACGUCAACAUGAAGACUGAUUUCCGGGCCCAGCUGGCACGUUGUCAGAAACUGCUGGAAGGUGGGGGUCACAGGGAGAUCUGUGUCCAUGGCCUGGGCCUGGCCAUCAACAGAGCUAUCAACAUUGCCCUUCAGCUGCAGGCCAGCAGCCAGGGGGCGCUACAGCUGGCAGCCAACACCUCCACAGUAGAGCUUGUGGAUGACCUGGAACCUGAGGACCCUGAUGAGGCUGGGGAGCCCAUGACACGUACACGCAACAACUCGGCCAUUCAUAUUAAGGUUUUCUACCCUGACCCACAGUGACUUGGAUAGAGGUUUCCCUGAUGUGUGUCAGGCAGAGGUUCUCUAUUAGUCCUCUUUGUUGCCUCAUUAAUCAGUAGACACAUAUUACAGAGUUAUCUGAUGGGGCUGAGUGUGUGGAGACCUAUGAUGGCAGCAGCAGAAUGGAGCGACAUACAGUGUGUUGGUUGUACAUGUAUCAGUAAACUGUGUAGGAAUACUCCAGUUGAACUGAAUAUAUUAUGAUCUUUUGUCACGAGUUUUGUGUCUUGUCAAAAAUUGUUAGUGUCAUCACUUUUUAUGUUUGCAUGUCUUGAAGCAACAGUGAUGUUUGCCAGAUGAAACCUCAGUGUAAUUUAAUACUUGUAGACAUGGCUGUGCCAAAUGUAAAUGUACAAGUGUCUUUAAUUUUAAGGCCUAAGAGCUGCACAAGUGUUCACAGUUUCAUGUCUGUUUUUAAAUGUGGAAAUAUUUAGGAAAAACUGAGAAAUCCUAAGUUUACAAUUCAGGCAGGUGUUGUUGUAGUGAACGUCCACUAGAUGUCAGUAGUUUGCUACACAUACACAUGCCAGGAUGUUAUCUUUCAGCAACCUUGCUUCCAUGGCACCAUGUGGCAACAACUUACUCUCAAAUAAUGUUUAUAGCAUGAGUUCAGCUGAGGGUUAGAGAGACUGUCAAAGUCUAUUUAAUUUGGUUUCAGAUAUUUAACUGCAGGUGGUGUUAAUGUGUUAAUGGGCAGCUUUCAUGAAAACUAUGUGUUUGAUUUGUGGACAAAAAUAAAAUUAGCUGGAAUGUCUAA